UGUGUACUUUGUUUUAUGUUUAUCAAUUUCAAAUGAUUAAUUCACGUACUAAUAUCAAUUUUAUAGCAUUAUAUGGAUAGUUUGAACGUUUGUUUAUUUUAUUAAAAUGGAAGUGUCGGGAAAAUUAGCCGACUUAAGUACGUUGAAAAAAAUAAAGGAAAAAUUGUGCGAACCAUGUAAAGAGGACAACAUAUCGAGAGCGGCUGGCGGAAUUUGUAAGCAAUGUGAAGAAUAUAUGUGCUGCAUUUGCUUUAAAAAUCACCUUGCAGCACGAUCGUGUAGAAAGCAUGAAUUAAUGGAAAGCAAAGGGUUGCAAACUGAAGUUCGUAAUGUGGGCGAGAAUGAUAAUUGUGAAGUAUGUAGCAAACAUAAGAGUGAGACAAUAAAGUAUUACUGUCGGCGCCACGACGAUGUAGCCUGCGGAGAAUGCAUGCUGCUGGGCGAACACAAGGGCUGCUCUCCAGAACUGAUAAGAUGUUUGGCCAAUAAUUUCCAAAAAAACGAUGAGUUCAAAGGUUUAACUGAACGAAUUGAUAAUCUCAAAACUGAGACAGGUUUUACUACCGAUUUGAUAAAACUAGCAACGGUGAAAAACUCAAAAAUGAACGGAGACGCACUUACAGACAUUAAAAUGUUUAUGGAUCAUAUAAGAUUCCUUAUAAACGAAACAGAGCAAGGUUUGCUUUCGAAAGUGAACGAAAUUUAUCUACAAAAUGAAGAAACCCUUAGCAGUAUGGCAAGAAUACAUGAAUCUACUGAAACGAAAUUAGAAUCAGUCAAACGGGAUAUAAACCCAUUAAUUUGCUCAGAAAAUGCUCUGUUUAUAAAAAGUGUUAAAUGCAAACGAACAAUAGUUGGUAUUGAAAAUAUAUGUUCUGAAACUUUAAAAAAUGCUACUAUUAAAAGAUUUGAAUUAAGAAAAGAUGGCAUACUUCUUAAUAAGCUGACAUCUCCGGGGUCGUUUGGAACAAUAUCAAGUGUUGUUCAGCAGAUAUAUGGAAAUCAAGAUAAUGGUUCAGGUUAUCACAAAGUGCACGGCGAUGGCGACAACAGGUUCAAUGCCGCUGCCCAUGAAGAUUAUCUGCCUAUGGUACGGCGGGCAUGUGAUUUAUCAAAUCUUCAGCUGUUGAAGAACGGACCAAGACAUUCAGGGGCUAGAGGUGAUGACAUACCGACAAAAAGUGGGGCAGACGCAAAAGAGAAAACAAGUCGCCAGGAAGCAAUGAAAUCAGGGCCUGCUGCCACAGACAAGAGUGAACUUGCAGAAAAACCUGUGACAGACCGCGAUGGACAACCGAUGCACUCUCCAUAAUGCCCCGUUGUAUUCACACACAAGUUAAGGAGAAAGGCAGAGUUCUCGUAAAGUGAUUCGUACAACAUUUAAAUGGUUGGGUCGAACAUGCCUGGCAGUUGUGAACAUAAACAAAGGAAGAAUAUAUCCUGUACAUCAGAUAAUUUAUUAUACAAACAGAAGAUGUGUUGUUGAAAAUUUGAAAGUGAUUUACAAUUAUCUGUUUAUUGUAAAAAAAUAAAACUUUCA